UUGCGUGGGGAGGGCGCCGCUGCCGGCCGCGCAAUGGUUUGGGGUCUGUCGGCGCGGCGCGGAGCCCUGGCUGCCGGCGGCUGCUCCUCUUUGCGCUGAGGCAGCGGCGCCGCGCCUCCGCAGCGCUUGCAGCCUCUGCCCUCGGGAGCGGCGGGCAUCAGUAGCAGCCGGAGACGACGACGGCUAACGAGGAGGAGAAAGAGCAGGAGAAGACUGCGGCGAUCCGGCGAAGCCUCCCGGCGAGGGGCAGGGCUCGCCCCGGUUCCCGGAGCGGCGCGGGCGGGGAACCGGCAGCCCCGUGGCAACGCGCGGCGACGGCGGUGCCGUGGCAGCGGCCGCGGUGAUGAUGAAUAGGUUCAGAAAGUGGCUCUACAAACCCAAGAGAACAGACCCACAGCUCCUUGCUCAGUUCUACUAUGCUGAUGAGGAACUAAAUCAAGUAGCAGCUGAACUGGACAGUUUGGAUGGCAGGAAAGACCCACAGAGAUGCACGCUGCUAGUCAACCAAUUUCGCUCUUGUCAGGAUAAUGUUUUGAACAUCAUCAAUCAAAUCAUGGAUGAAUGCAUUCCACAUGAAAGGGCCAACCGGGACUUCUGUGUCAAGUUUCCAGAGGAAAUUCGCCAUGACAACCUUGCGGGACAGCUUUGGUUUGGAGCAGAAUGUUUGGCUGCUGGUUCAAUUAUUAUGAAUCGUGAAAUUGAGAGCAUGGCAAUGAGACCCUUGGCCAAGGAUCUGACCCGGAGCCUGGAGGAAGUUAGAAAUAUCAUUCGUGACCAGGCCUUGAGGGAUUUGAACCUCUACACAGAAAAAAUGAAAGAUUCACUGAAGCAUUUUGAUGUCCUUUUUGCAGAAUUUGAAUUGAGUUACGUGUCUGCCAUGGUACCUGUGAAGUCUCCAAAGGAAUACUAUGUACAGCAAGAGGUGAUUGUACUUUUCUGUGAAACUGUGGAGAGAGCUUUAAGGCUUGGAUACCUCACUCAAGAUAUGAUUGAUGACUACGAACCAGCUUUAAUGUUUACAAUUCCAAGAUUAGCCAUUGUAUGUGGCCUUGUUGUCUACUCUGAAGGACCAUUGAACUUGGACCACAAACCUGAAGAUAUGUCUGAACUCUUCAGACCUUUUCACACUUUACUAAGAAAAAUUAGGGACCUGCUGCAGACGCUGACUGAGGAUGAGCUGCACACACUGGAACGUAACCUCUGCAUCUCUCAAGAUGUGGAUUUUCCUGUCAGAGCAGAUCCUGAAGUUCCCUCUGUCAUUGCACCAGGCAUAACGGCCACACUGCCUGCUAAAGAGCUUUCAGCAAAAGCUGAAAAUACGGAGGCUGAGCUGGCUUGUUCCAUGCAGUAUGAUGAACAGGAGUUGGAGCAGCUGAACAGGAUGGUACACAGAGUUGGAGAUGAAAUGUCUUCUCUACUUUCCCCUCCAAGCAUCUGCCAGUCUCCAGCACACAGACCUAGUCUAAGAAAUAGUUCCAGCACAGAAGCUUCACCAACAAGACACCAUCUUGAAAAUUUAACUGAUGAAGAGGACAGAGUUUUUUUUAUGGAUGACCUAGAUGGAGCAGGAGAAGCUCUUGCUGGGUUGGAUUCAGUAAGUGACACUUUUGCUUGGGUGAAUAACCCUUGCCACGAUUCGAAACAGAACCUGCAGUACAGAGAUGCUUUGCUGUACGAGAACGGCCAGCAGACAGAGUCGUCUCUGCUUUUAAAAGAUGCUGAAAGUGACCUAAGCAAUAACAACAACGUUGAAGACAGCAAACAGAUGUCUGCCAUUGCAGUUCAGAAUUCCUGCAGCUGUCUAGAAGGUCCAGACUCACAGUUAUACCUCAAUGGCUGGGAUGCCUAUGCUGAUGAUGCAGAAAUGGCAGAGAUGAUAGCUCACAGGACAGGGGGGAUGAAAAUAUCUGCCACUGUAAUAUUCAAUCCCAAAUCUCCCUCUAGCUCAGAAUCCCCAGUAACAACUCCUGAAGCAGCUAUUAAUUGUGUUCCUGGAUCUGCUAAUCCAUUAGCAAAUGAGGAGGAGGACGAAUCCCAUAAACUCAGUAUGGCUGCCACAAACUGUCUAAUUAAUUCUUGUGUGUGUUGUGGCAGCUGUGAAGACAGCAGGGAGGACAGUGUUGAAGGUUUAAAGACUAAACAUUCUGCAGUAGGUGUUGUAAAUGCUUCAUACACAUUAGUAAAGUCUAAGGAAAUGGACCAUGUAGAUAGCGUGGAUGGUUCAGUCCCUUCCCAGGAAACAUUACAGCCCGAAAGCUCUGCUUUGUUAGCAGAAAGAGACUUUGGCAGAGAAGAGCAGAAACUGCCAAUCUCCUCUAAGUGCCUGGCACAUUCCUCAGGUUCACAGGUAGGAGCAGAAAAUGACUCACAAGGAGAAGCAGAGAGAAUCUCAAAUCAGCAGAAGAGGUGGGAGAAGAGAAAACAACUCUGUGAGAAAAAACUAGACAGCACUGAAGACACCAGUAGUGAAAGGACAGCGAAGGAGGACGUCAAGUCAAGAUCUAGUUCAAGUUCUCAGGAUGGCUUACGUGAUUCCCCCCUCAGCUCCAUCUCCAGCAGUGACUAUGAGAGUGUUUCUGUCACUACAUGUAGUGUCUCCAGCAUAUACGCUCUGAGCAGCAGUUUAAUGACAAGUUCUUGUUCAUCUGAUGACAUUGAUCAGGAAGAAAUCCAGCUGGCUCUGCAGGCUGCUAAAAUUGCCACACGAGAAAAGAUCCGCUCCAGAUUUCACGGCAGUAAUGAUCUUAUUCACCGCCUCUUUGUCUGUAUCUCAGGUGUUGCUGACCAGCUGCAGACAAACUAUGCUAGUGAUCUGAGAAGCAUCUUAAAGACCUUGUUUGAAGUUAUGGCAACCAAACCUGAAACCGAAGACAAGGAGAAGCAAAAGAAAGUUAAUCAGGGUUUAAGGAAUGCAGCAUUGGAAGACUGUGCUUUGUGUCAAGAAAGUAUUUCAUCCUCAGAGCUGGCAGCGAAAGCCAGAGAUGGGGACUUUGAAGAUCCUCCUGACUGGGUUCCAGAUGAAGUCUGCAGCUACUGCACUGCGUGCAAGGCUCCUUUCACAGUCAUUCGCAGGAAACACCACUGCCGGAGCUGUGGCAAGAUCUUCUGUUCCCGCUGCUCCUCUCACUCUGCUCCAUUACCUCGUUAUGGUCAGAUGAAGCCUGUCCGUGUUUGCACUCACUGUUACAUGUUCCAUGUCACUCCUUUCUAUAGUGACAAAGCUGGUAUCUGACAUAUUAAACUACUGGUGUGUCUUCUGGACUGAGAGAUUUGACCUAAGCCAAGAUAUUAACUUGCAAGAGGGACCCCGUGAGGGCACGGAGGCUGUGACAUCCAUUGUUAUAAAUUUUGUACAGACAGUUUUUAUUGCAUUUUACAAAGCUGCUAAAGGGAAGUAUGAAGUGGCUGCAGCUCUGAGGCUGCACUACAGUCUUCCAUGAAUUUAUAACAUUCAUGUUACGAUGCCAUAUGCAGAACAAAUGCACUGUGGGGAAGGAAAUAGGGCUCAGAAUCGAACAAGCGUCGCUGCUUAUCUUACAUGCUUAGGAGCAGAGUAACAAAUCCAUCCCAGCAAAUCCAAAUCCCAAAGCUCAGACACUUGUGUGCUCACCAGAAAACCAGCAUGGCUGUGAGUGGCAGCACUCUCCCUGCUGCAGUUUCACUUUCCCAUUACUGGGUUUUUCUUUUACUGCCUAUGCUAAGCAAAACUAUUUCCGAUCCAUAUUACAAAGGCAAAAUUGUCUUUGAAUCACAUAGGAAGCGCUGAGGGUUCUGGAGCAGUUAUAUUCCUAUUGCCUUUCAUUUACUGAGCAGAGCAAUAACUCCCAGUUGUCUUCUUUUAAAAAAAAAUCAAGUUUUACAACUUCUAAUUCCAUCUCUUAGAGGCUUGGAAAUAUUUGUUAUCUGCAUCAUUUCUGCUGAAUCCUCCUAGAAAUUCUGUGGUAUGCUCUUGUUAUCUCAGCAUUGAAAACUUAAAGUUCUGAGGAAAUAGGUACCAAAUGGACAAAUUCAUAUCAAAAGACUUCCUUUUGAAAGGGGUUAGCAGCAGCAAAAUUGAGGAGAAGUGAUUAAAUUAUUUCUCCCAUAGUGAGUUUAAGUGUUUUGGGGGGGUAGAUGUUUGUUUGCCUUCAAAUUUGGUUUUUUUUCCUUGAAAACCCAUGGUGCCAUUCUCAAACCUAUGGAUCAGUUCUCCAAGCCCAUGGGGCCAUUCUGAAACUUAGGAAUCCAUUCUCCAAGCCUGUGGGACCAUUCUGAAGCUCAUGGGGCCACUCUCUAAGCCCCCGGAGCCACCCUCCAAGUCUCUGGGUCCACUCCAUGAUUUUUAGAAAGACAAAUAUGUAAUGAGAUACUCCAAAGGUCCUACAGAAUGGUCAGCCAGGGAAAAGGGGACUUGUCCACGUUUGUCACAGUCCCUGUGUAAGGUAUUCCACACUGGUCCUUUCGCUCAUGCUGCCAACUUGGGAGCUGUUUGCAUCCAUCUUUAUCUCUGCUUUGAGAGGAUAGAAAGGAGACUCACACAGAUUCAUGCGAUGGUCUUGCGCCAACUGCUUGCUAUAAGAGCUCCCUGAGCACUGGGGUUUUGAGGGCGUUUGGACACGCUUUGAGUUAGCCACAUGAAAAGCCAGGCAGGGUGUGCUGUGGUUGCAGGGGGAGAGGCCGAUCAAGGGCCCUUUGCUGGGUCCCCUUUCCUGCCCGGCGGUGUUGCGCUCCGAGAGCGAUAAACGCAAAAGGCUGAGGAAGCUGCUGGCGGUGUCAUGCUGGAGAAAGGUCACCCUGCAGAGGGAUGCAGCAAAACUGGCCAGUGUUGAUUGUUCCUGUCAUUAUUCCUGUUGGGGGACACAUUCCUUUGAAGUGGUUUAAUAUUCGAUGUUACUGAGCCAUAGAAGGGUACAAGAGUUUGUCACUCCUGUCGUUUUGAGUCGGAGGAAUCGGCUUCACUUAGUUUCUGUGUAAUGCACAAGCCUUAUGAUGCUGUUUGCACAGUGUCAGCUAUGAUGUGGUUAUCCUCACCUUAUUUAUAUUUUUAUUAUUGCUAUUGUUGUUAUUGUUUCCAUGAAAUCCUUCCCAGUGGAGUCUUCAGAGUGUCGGCACUCACCAGAGGUCGGCAAGGUGUAGGGCUGGGUGAUUGGUGGGAAGUGGGUGACGUGGGUGCAAGCAACGAUCCUUAUUCAGGCUUAAAUCUCAGGCUUCACAUUGCAAUGAUUAUUGCAGUUUUAUUUUUAGAGGAAAAAAACAAAAAGAAUGAAAAAAAAAAUCCCCACAUCUAAAAGAACCCAACAGAUUUAAUGCUUCUUUUAUAGGAUUAAAUUAAACAAGUGCGAGAAACUUCAGUUGUGAAAGAAAUAUGCACAAAAAGUUGCUUCUGUGGAAAGGAAAAGAAUCUUAUUUAAUGGACUGACUAUUUAUUCGAGCUCGUUUUUAUUUUGUAAAUGCUGUAAUUCAGAAUCAUUUCCAUAAAUAUGAUAUUUAAAGAUCUCAGACACUAUAGUUUCUUAUGUAAAUACAGACUCCUAUUUCUCUUACUGAAAAGCACAAUGACUAUAUCAAUACUAAUAUACGUUUGCCUCAAGGAAGACUUUCAUCUUGUAAUCUCCUCAAGAUAAUUAAAGUGUCAGGACUUUCUA